AUGAAAGGUGUUUCAGCAGGAAAAAGAAAAAGACGUUCAAAACCGAAAACAAAGCCAACAAAAUUUAAAAAACAACAAAAAAGAGAACAAAAUAAGGAAAUAAAAACGGAAAAGAAACAAAAUCCUUUUGAUUUGGCUUUUAAUAAAAAACAUGGGGGUAAUUCUAAAGUUAAACAAUCAAAUGGAUUUUUGGGGAAGUCAAAGAUUUUGGAUCGAAGAAUUGGACAACGUAAUUCUCAACUUUCUGAAGAAAAUAAAGGAGAAAAACGUUUUAUUUUCCAACAAAAAAAGUUGGCAGAAAAAAAGAAUGCCGAAAUUGGAGUUAAAAAUGUCGAUUUUCAAAAACAAUCGGAAGUUGAAGGGUUUGGUUUAGAACGUGUUCAUUGGAGAAAUAUGGGAAAUUCUGAUGAAAGUAGCAAUGAGGGAUCUGAUGACGAAAGUUUUGGAAAUAAAUCUAAACGGGCAAAAAAAGAAUCUUUGGCUGAAUUAGUUGCCCAUGACCGCCAAAUGCGUGCAUUAAAGACAAUGUUAAAAGAUGAACAGGAAGAAAAAACUGAACGUUUGGAUAUUUGUUUUAAAGAAAUUAAACAAUUUGGAGGGUUAAAUCAAAUUAGUAGGCAAUCUAAUAAAAUAAAGGAGGAUGAGGAAGAAUUGGAGGAUAAUUAUGAUUUUUUGUAUCAUCAACUUCAAUUUCAACCAACAAUUGUUGCUCAACCAAACAAUGUUUUAAUUGAAAAUAAAUUGAACAAAACAGCUGAACAACAAAGAAAGGAAAAGAAAAAUUUGGAAAAUCCAGAACAAUUAGAAAAAGAAGAAAAGGCUAAAAAAGCCGUUCAAUCAAAAAUUGCAAAAGAAAGAGAAAAGAAAUGGGCAAAAAGAGUAAAAAAUGAAAGAAGAAAUACAAUUAAAUAUUUAAGGAGAGAAGCUAAAAAUUCUGCAAAACUUUUUAUCGAGAAGAGGAGACAAAUAAGAAAAGAAAGGGAUGAAAAAACUAAAAAGAUUUUGCAGUCUUUGGAAGUACAGGAAUCGGAAUAUAAAAAAUUACAGGCAAUUGGGGGAAAACUCUGAGAAAAUUUUUUUGUUUUUUUAAUUAAAA